AAAAUUUUCAUAUAAAUAUGCAAUUGACUGCAAAUUGUUUCCUUUUGAUUUUAUGACUAGUAAACCCACCAAUAAUUUGGAUUUUUCUUGAUUAAUCAUAAACCCUUGUUGGCGUUGAGUGGAAGCUCUCACUAAACAGUUUGAAUUCCAAAUGUUUUCACCUGCAAAACCUCAAGCGAUCAAUUUCUACCCACCACAAGAAACAAACAUGAUGAUGGAAUCCACCCCUGCACCUCACCACCACCAAACCCAAAUGAUUAUCGCGGCUCCGGGCGGCGGCGACACCACCAGCAGCGAAGAAAACACUAUCAAAUCCACCACCACUACAACCUCAGCACCAGUGAAGAAACGAGCCGAGACUUGGGUCAAAGAAGAAACUCGAACCCUAAUCCUCCUCCGCCAUGAGAUCGAUUCACUCUUCAACACUUCAAAGUCAAACAAGCACUUAUGGGAUCAGAUUUCAAUGAAAAUGAGGGAAAAGGGUUUUGAUCGAUCUCCCACCAUGUGUACGGACAAGUGGAGGAACUUGUUGAAGGAGUUCAAGAAAGCCAAGGAGCAGAAUAACGGGAUUAAUCAUAAUGGGUAUUCAGCUAACAGUAAGAUGCAGUUCUAUAAAGAAGUUGAAGACGUUAUUAGGGAUAGAAACAAAAACUCGAAAGUCGAUUCGUUUAUGCAGUUCUCUGAUAAAGGUGUAGAUGACACCGGCAUUGCUUUUGGACCUGUAGAAGCUAAUCCAAGGGGUGCGCUUAAUCUUGAAAGACGGUUGGAUCAAGAGGGUCAUCCUCUUGCCAUCACUGCAGCUGAUACCAUGGCAGCUAGUGGAGUCUCUCCAUGGAAUUGGAGGGAGAAUCCUGGAAAUGGUGAUCAGAAUAACACUUAUGGUGGUAGGGUUAUUUCGGUCAAGUUAGGGGAUUACACACGGCGAAUUGGUAUCGAUGGCUCACCGGAUGCCAUAAAGGAAACCAUCAAAUCGGCUUUUAGACUGAGAACAAAUCGAGGGUUUUGGUUGGAAGAUAUCGAUAACAUAGUGAGGACACUUGAUAGAGAUAUGCCUCUAGGAAACUACACCCUUCAUGUCGACGAAGGCUUGAUGAUCAAAGUGUGCUUGUUUGAGGAGCCGGAUCACGUGCCUGUCCAUACGGAAGAUAAGAUUUUUUAUACGGAAGAUGAUUUUCGUGACUUUUUGUCGAGGAGAGGGUGGAUUUGCUUGAGAGAAUAUAAUGGGUACAGAAAUGUUGAUGUGAUGGAUGAGCUUUGCCCUGGUGCGAUUUAUCGUGGUAUUAGCUAGGCUUGGGUACAUUUGUCAUGUUUCUUUUUGAAAUGUUGUGAAUAUUUGUGCUUAGAUGUUGUAACUUCUCAUGGAUGAUUAUGUAUAACUUUGUUUGUGUAAUGUUUGCAAAUGUUGUUGAAUA